GGAAGCAUGCGGGAGGCCGGAGCGGACUCGGGCUUCUCGGGCGGGUGCGCGCCGGGAGCGGAGGCGGCCGGGUCGCCCGCGGAGGCCGCAGGGUUGCUGCCCUUCCUGGCUCCAGGCGCGCGGGCCGACCUGCAGGCGGCGGCGGUGCGGCACGUGCUGGCGCUGACUGGCGCGGGGCCCGGCCGCGGGCUGCUGGCGGCGCAGGCGGAGCUGCUGCGGGCGCUGGGGGCGCUGGCUGCCGCGCCGGCCCCGGCCCCGGCCCGCGACGCCACCCGCGCGCUGGUGAACUUGGCUGCCGACCCCGGCCUUCACGAGCCGCUGCUGGCGGCCGAUCCCGGCCUGCCCGCGCUCCUGCUGGGCCGCGCCUUGGACCCGCAGUGGCCUUGGGCGGAGGAGGCGGCCGCCGCACUGGCCAACCUCAGCCGCGAGCCCGCGCCUUGCGUCGCGCUGAUGGAGGCGCUGGCGGCCGCCCAGCCGGGGCCGUCGGGGCCGUCAGGCCUGGAGCGGCUGGUGCGCGCGCUGUGCACGCCGGGCUACAACGCGCGCGCGCCCCUGCAUUACCUGGGGCCGCUGCUGUCCAACCUCAGCCAGCAGCCCAGAGCGCGAGCUUUCCUCCUGGACCCGGACAGGUGUGUGGUCCAGCGGCUGCUGCCCCUCACGCAGUACUCGGACUCCUCGGUGCGCAGGGGCGGGGUGGUGGGGACGCUGCGGAAUUGCUGCUUCGAGCACCGACACCACGAGUGGUUGCUUGGGCCUGAGGUCGACAUUCUCCCCUUCUUGUUACUGCCGUUGGCUGGGCCUGAGGACUUCUCAGAAGAAGAAAUGAACAGGCUGCCUGUUGACCUGCAGUACUUGCCACCAGACAAGCAGCGGGAACCUGACGCCGACAUCCGGAAGAUGCUCGUCGAAGCUAUCAUGCUGCUGACAGCCACUGCCCCAGGCCGGAAGCAGGUGCGGGACCAGGGAGCCUACUUGAUCCUUCGGGAGCUCCACAGUUGGGAGCCUGAGCCUGACGUACAGGUGGCAUGUGAAAAGCUCAUCCAGGUGCUUAUUGGGGACGAGCCAGAGCGUGGCAUGGAAAACCUGCUGGAGGUGCAGGUGCCUGAAGAUGUGGAGCAGCGGCUUCAGCAGCUGGACCAGUUGGAGCGGGAGCAGGAAGACCUAGCACGAGAGCCACAAGGCCAGGGGGCCCCACCCACCUGAAGCCCCUUCAGCCUGGCCACCAGCUCUAGGCCCACCUUUGCCUUGCUUCUUGCAGGCUCCUCUGUUCUUGUUUGGAGGCUCUCUCCUGCUGAGAGUCAAAGCUGUACUUUUAUCCAGCCUAGGCUAGGGUUCUAGGGUGAAUGUUCAGGAAACAUUGGAGGCUUGAGAGCAUUUUGCCCUUUGCUACCAAAGAGAGUGGAAGUUGUUCAGAGUUUCGCUGUCAAGCCAGAGAUGACCAGGCCCUGGGCUGUAAAUGAGACAGGUGUGGCUAGGAGAGAUACAAAGAACCUGCUUCCAGGCCCAGUGGGGGCCCAGACAGAAACCCCUGCAAGCUCCAAAAGCCAAGCGGAAUUUCCCUCUUCCAAGAGUACUUAAGGGUGUGGGUAUAACCCAGGCUUAAGCGUGCUUCCCGUCAUCAGCACUGUCUCCCUUUGUCCUGCUUCACUCCUGCUCUCGGGGCUGACCAUACUUAGAUCUUGGGAUUUUCCUAGAAUUCUGUCUUCUAUGCGUGCCCUUGGAUCUCUAGCUGGGUCCCGCUUUUCUGUUUUCCAUUUCCUUGUCUAAGCUGUGCCUUAGGGCCCUUGUGGGCUCCCCCAGUCAUCUCUGCAUCCUGGUCAUCUUCCUUGGCUUUAGCUGCUUUGCAAGACAUCUAGACCCUCUAGAGUACUUGGCCUACCUCUGCAGAACGCUUCUCCAGUAUGCCAGCACCCAUUUCCCUUGUCUGGGCAACAGCUGCUCCCUUGGAAAUGGGCCUAGGAGUUUUGCAUUCUUUUCUCUUGGCUCCAACUUUGCCUUCACAGCCCCCAAUUCUGGCAGAUCUUGCCCCAUUGUUUUCUCCUCCUGAGCCUCUCUUCACCAGUGGGUUCUGGGGUCUGAAUGCAGGCACCUAGCUUGUCUCCUAGGAGCUCAGUCCACACCCCUGAAGCCAGGGGACCCUCCACCAUGUGUUCCCCCUAACCAAUUAAAGCUCUGAUUGUUUUAGCAGA